UGUCUCUGAGCGGCUAUUAACUUUGACUAAAGCUUGUUGUCGUCUGGCUGGCUAGCUUAUAGCUCGUGUUAGAAAUUGCAAGUGAAGUGAUUUUCCGGCUUGUUUUUAUAAUUGUCAACCUCAGAACUACUGAAAUUAUUCAGACCAUAUCCUUUGCCACGAAAGAAAUAAAUGAAUAAGUACAAUGAAGACAAAAACUGCACAAAACAAUAGAAAGGGCCAGCAUAAAGUCCUUAACGCCUCAAAACCGCCUAUGAAUGUCAAAAAUCGCGAUCAGCUCAGAAAGAAACUAAAAGGACUUCUCGAAAAGCAAGUUGUUUCGCCACCUAAAAAUACAGGUCAAAAGAUAUCCACAAAAUCAAAUACUUUUCAAAACACAAAAGUGGGAAAUGGUUCGGGAAACAAAAGACCCAACCAAGUAAACUCUAAGAGUUCUAAGCAAAACGGUAAGGACAAAACAUCCGAUAAUAUUCCACAGAAGCAAAAGCAAACAGUAACUGCAAAAAUUCCUAAAACUAAAAGUUCAAUCACCAAUUCCAAAAACGAGAAUUUUAAAAAAGUUGUGACGAAGUCAGACAUUUCGAAGAAAAAGGAGAAUAUAAUUAAAAAACAAAGCAAUUUAAACAAGAAAGAAAAACAUCUAAAAAAUGGCACUAAAACAUCAGAGAGUCCUCAAACUUCAGAUAGUAAUUUUAAAAAUUCAAAAUCAAAAGUGGAUAAAUCUCAAAAGAAACCUGAUAAAAGCGGAGCUAAAAGAAUAUUUGCAGAAUCUAAAAAGAUUACACAAACCAAGAAAAAGCCCAAAUCGGCGUUAAACGCAAAAUCGGCUCAGUCAGGACAGUUUAAGCAAGGCCAAGGUCCGUUACGUCCACAAACAUCUGAAUCUGAGAUAGAUUCUAGCCCUCGACCACUUAAGCGCAAAACUAAACAAAAAAUUAUCUCUGAAUCGGAGAUUGAUUCGAGUCCUACAACUAAAAAUAAAAAUCCCAACUUGGAGCAAGCAUUGGUGCGUGCCGAAAAUAACUUCGAGGGUUCUUGUACUGAUAACAAUCAUGUUGAUUCUUCCUGUUUCGACUUUUUAUUUGACGAAACAUACGUUGAUGAUUCUGAGCAAACAUCAUCGUUCUCAGGCGAUUCCCAGGACGAAUACACAGAAGAAGAAUCAGAGUUCGAUUAUUCGGGUGAGGAAUCCGAUUCUGAAUAUUUUAGUGAUUCAUCUGAAAACGAAUCGGCAAAUUGUGAUUAUUCAGAAAACGAGUAUUUCGAUGAUUAUUUAUCGGACGAUAUCUCAACCGAUGAUGAAUCCUAUCAACCUCCUGAAAAUCUCCCGGAAGAUGUUUACAUCGCCAAAGGUACAGCCGUAAAGUACGACAUAUCAACUGAUGACGUGGGUUUCGAUAGUGAAAUUGAACAUGCCCAAAUAAUUGAAAUGCCUUCAAAAGAGACGGAACAGAAAAGCACUUUGCCUGAAAGAAAAUCUUUACCGUUGACCACCAAACAGAAUAAAAUAUCUAAAGCUGCAAAUCAAAGCAAUGAUGAAUCUUCGUUAGAUAGUGAUGACAGCUGCCCAACCUUGGUCCCAAUUGAAAGUAUACAAAGUGACACGAAUGACUAUGAUUCUUCGAGCUGCGAAUCGUCCCAUAGUUGUUGCAGCAGUUGUGAUUGCGGCUACGGCGAUGAAGUCGUCGAUACUGAUUCCGAACAACAAUACACACCAAUGACUCCUGAAGUCAUUAAGGCCAAAGCUGAAAUAAUCGACGAAAUGGAAACAUUUUUCGAUUCCAAAAUCAAUUGUCAAAAAAAACCGUCCACAAACUCUGUACUUGAAGAAAUAACCAGCUCUUCUAAUAAUUCAUUACGGUUUAAGGUUUAUACUAUCAAUAAUGAAGAGGUUCUUAACAACGAUUCAUUUUCAAGCGAAUCGUCAAAAGCAGGCGCUAAAAAAUCACAAAAGAGAAUUAAUACAAGCAGCAGUGAAAAUUCCAGUCCUGUUCCUAUUUCUGUAUCGACACAAAAAGUAAAUGAACUGCCUCAAAAUACAAUGACUGAACCAGCUCAUGUUAACAAAAAAGCAAAGAUAACGCACGAUUUACCAUCGCAGAAUGAUGAACCAAGUCAAUUCAAUAAAAAAGACAAAACCAACUCUGCAAACCCAUCACUAUCGAAAACCCAAAUCCGAACGUUGUUUUUCAAUGCCGUCAACUGCAAUCAGGUUAUUGUGCUUCUUAAAGAUCCUCUCUACAUUUAUGGAACAGUGAAACUUAAACAUCUCGCAGGGUGUUUGCAAAUAUUCGGUUAUAAUCCAAAACGAAACGAAGUAUUGGAAAUCUUUUCACCUCGAGGUUAUAGCUCGCUGAAAAUUGAAUCAUCAAAACUAGGUGUUAAUGUUCCUAUAAAUGAAAAAGAAAUACUUUCAUUGGCCCCGUAUUUUAUUCGUUCGGACUUGGAAGAGGUUCUCAAAGAAUUUAACCCCUCCAGCGAUGCUAUAUUUUUACUCGAGCGUAACGAUCGAAGCAAAAAAGUCAAUAUGAUUCGGAAAUAUAUGGUGGAACAUCUGUUUCCCAAUAUGAAUUCCAUUCAAAGUGAUCGUCCCUUUUAUACAAGUGAAUUUCUUUUGCGCUGCAUAAUAACGCCAAAUACCGACAACGGUCUAGUCAUCAAUCCUGAUUGGAAUACAAUCCGGGUUGAAAACAAUACCAAAAUAAUGAUUAUAGGUGGAAAAUCUGUUGGGAAAUCAACUUUGGCGCGUUACAUGAUCAAUAAAAGCCUAAACAAACAUCAGAAGAUCUUGUUGGUGGACCUGGAUAUUGGUCAGCCUGAGCUAUUUGUACCGCAGACUAUAAGUGCGACUACUUUGACUGCACCACUGCUUGGUCCUGGUUACUUUUUAAACAAACAACCAGAUAAGUCCUUUUUAGUUGGGCAUUUCAACAUAAUUCACUCUCUUGAACCGUAUAUUGAGAGCUUGAAAGCAUUAAUUGAAUACUGUAAUGGGAACAGUGAAUACAAAGACAUUCCAUGGGUAGUGAAUACCAUGGGCUACAACAAAGGAUUUGGAGAUGAAUUAAUUUCUGUGAUUUGUAGUCUUCUACAACCAACUAACAUUAUCCAAUUUGAAAGCGACAGAGAAAUCAAUGAUUUUGAUGUAAUUAUGUUCAAAGAAAAUGUGAAGUCUAUAGAGAGGAAUAUAGUUGGAGAUAUAUUCAAGCCACUUAAAGAAAUUAUUCCACAACAUCAAUUGACCUUGAUUAAGUCUUUGAUACCCAGGACCCGAAGUAAUAAAAAUGAGUCGACUAUGAAACCCAGAGAUAUGAGACUGGCCAUGAUUUUAUCAAGGCUAAGUAACAUCCUAAUAGGACAUGCUGAAUGGCUGACUGAUGUCAAACCUUUUUGUGCAUCUAUUGAUGACUUGAACAUUAUAAAAAUGGGAGAUGACCAAAUUGAUAAGGAAGACCUGGUUAAAACAUUGGUAGGUAAUCUUGUUUAUCUAUGUCGCUUCGAAUCUGGAACAGCACAUGAGUGUUUUGGAAUAGGUAUCGUGAGAGGUGUAGACUAUCCGUUGAGACAAAUUUAUUUGCUGCCAACCAUUCCUAUUGAUGUGCUCAAAAAUGUGAAUUGCUUAGCUAUCUGUGGAAUACCUUUGCCAUCUUCAAUUCUUUUAAAGCAAGGACCUAAAGUGAAAGGCACAGCUUCGUUUGUGUAUAACACAUUGGACGAAUCAGCUUCCAUGUACAUACAACAAAUGUACAAUAAACCUCAACAGUUUCCUACAGGGAAACGUAAAAGCUUUUUUAAAUAAAAGUUGUUUUUUUUUGAAUAAAUAUUUAUUUAUUUCUUUUUCUUUAUUUCUUUGUUGUUCUUUAAACUCGACUAAAUAAACUAUGAAUAUGUGUUAUGUUAA